UCAUGCUGCUGCCAGGUCCAGAGUCUCUCAUGGGUCCCUGUACGGCCUCCCAUUGCUGCUGUCUCCAUCGCCACACUCUGCCAUGUGCCACUUUCAGGUCUCCUCACACUGCUGGUGUGUUCCAUUUUUUGUCAUAGGGUGCUGGCAGAUUAGGGGCCUCCCAUAGCUGCUGCCAGGCCCCUAAUCUGCCAUGGGCCCCUAUACCGCUCCUCAUGCUGCUGCCAGGUCCAGAGUCUCUCAUGGGUCCCUGUACGGCCUCCCAUUGCUGCUGUCUCCAUCGCCACACUCUGCCAUGUGCCACUUUCAGGUCUCCUCACACUGCUGGUGUGUUCCAUUUUUUGUC